UUGGGUCAACUCGAGUCCCUCAAAGCUGGCAAAACAUAGCUGCUUAGUUAGCUAUCUUUACUAACUAGCCAGUUACAGGCUAACAGGGACAUGGCUUAGCGUGGUUCGAGCCAUUACAUCGAUAAUCAUAUAGCUAUAUUGUUAUUACAUACAUCUUAUUUACUUAGAAAAAAAAAUGUAUUCCUUGUAAACGUACUUGAUUAACGCAAACUCGUGCGUUGGAUUUAUCAGGCUAAUUCGAGCAUUUCUUGACAACACGGCUCAUCUCAACCGGUGAAGCAAAGAACAGGACCAACAUGGUAGUUCCGGACAGCGCCGGUGAGGUCCAACCGGCAGGCAAUGACUGUACCGGGGGUCUCAUGAAGGCGUCCCAGCCGAGCUACGAGGAGGAGCAGGAGCUAGCAGGGGUGGAGCUGGAAGAGGUACGUAAGCUCCAGGAGCUCAUUCGAAGACUCGAGGUCCAGAAUCAAACACUCCGCAACAGGGGAGGCAGUAAGAAUCUACAUCUCAGAGGAGCGACCACCACAAACAGUAACCUCACAACCAGUAGCAACAUCAAUGAGAGAAUCUCUUCCAGCGAAGAGGUGACCAACACCAACUCUCCUCUCAGGUUGGGGAGCAGUGGAAGUUGUGGAACGGAACUAGGCAGCAGCAGUGACUUGGAGCUGUCCCCUCCUCAGGACAGUAGUAGCAGUGAGGAUAUGUCCCCUCUACCUGCAGCUAACCGGAUAGAGGAUGCGGAUGGUGGACUGUGUGCAGGCUUUCUGACCCUGCCCUGCGGGAACGGACCAGGACCGGCGCAGACCCAGGGGCUAAGCCCAACCCCAGAGAGUCCCUCUCUGGACAGCUAUGAGUCUGAGACUCUGGCCGAGAGCGACUCAGGAGUUGACCAGUUGGCCCUGGAUGAGGUUGAUGUUCUGGACCUAUGGGAGGACCUUGCAGAGGUGGAUGACGAGGACAGCUGGUUGUAUGUCUCCCCUAAGAAGCAGGUAGUUGCUGAGCCCAGGCCUGAGUCUCCUCUGAAGUGGUGUCGGAAGGUUCUGGACCACCCCAGCCCAGAGACGGAGGUGGCCUGUCGCACCCUGCUCAACCGUCUCGACCAGAGUACACACCUACCUACGUCUCGCUGGAGGAACAUCUACAGCAGCUCUGGUCAGACGGGGGAGGCUGGCUCCUCUGGCUCUGGCCUCCUCUCUCCUGGGUACCACAACAAAUCCACUAACAAAAUCCUACUAACCAGUGGUGGCUCAGGCUACAUGAGUAUGUACUCUGCUCUGAGUUCCCAGUCGUCUAUAGACAGUGAGCUGAGUACCUCAGACGACUCCAUCACCAUGGGUUACAAGCUACAGGACCUCACUGACGUCCAGAUCAUGGCCCGCCUACAGGAAGAGAGUCUGAGACAGGACUAUGCCUCCAGCUCUGCCUCAGUGUCUCGUCGUAGUUCCUCUGCCUCCCUCCAGUCUCUACGUCGGGGUGGGACUUACAGCGACCAGGAGUUUGAUACCUACAGCCUGGAGGAUGAGGAGGAUGAGUGUUGCUCUCUGCCCCAGCGACGCCUCCGCUACUCCCCCUCUCCCCUGGGCUCGCCCCGCUGCCUCUCCCCCUCCCCAGGCUCCCAGGGCCAGGCAGAGUACAGCAGGCUGGGGGGCCCCCGGUUACGCGCUCCACGUCGAUCGCUACAGGGGCCCGGGCCCGAGCUGCUCAAGUUCGCCAAGACCGAGGAAGAGGUGAGGCACAGCAUGCCUAACCUGGCCCCCCGCACCAGCCUGCGAUCCCUGGAGGCAGUCAGGAACAGCCGCAGCAUGGAGGCUAACCUCCAGAGCUCUGGCAACCGCAUAUCUCACCUGCCCCACUCCCCCUCCUCAGGUAUGUCAUCCAGUCGGAUGCGAGGCAGUGGCCAGUCCCCUCUGUCCAUGCGGGUCCCUGUCAAAGCCAUGGGCUCCAUGCCAGGGGCCCGCCAGCCCUCCAGGGGCCUGCCUGUAGCCCAGAGUGGACCCAAUGGAGGGAUACGGAGGGUCCAGUCCCCAGGGCCUGCCAAUGGGGGAGCCUACCCAGCUGGAAGAGCCUCUACUGGGGGUGGGAGGCAAGCAGCAGCCCCAUCCUCCAGGGGAAGACUGGCCCAGACACCUAGAAGGUCUAUGGGGAUGACUAGAACGAAUGGCCCAAUCUCAAAUGAGUCGUGGAGAGACGGCUGCUACUGAGGCAACAAGGACACUUCCUCCACCUCUCUCCUUUACCUCACAUUUUAGUAUAAACACCAACAUUGCGUACUGACUCUGAACAUACCCCUGUGGGCAACACCAACUUACUUGCCUCUGAACAUACCACUGUAGAUGAACAGACCUUCCUUGGCAUGAAGAACCCUCUCACACCACGGAUAAACUGGAGAGACCGGAUAGAGAGUGACUGAGCGCACAUGGAUAAACUGGAGAGACCGGAUAGAGAGUGACUGAGCGCACAUGGAUAAACUGGAGAGACCGGAUAGAGAGUGACUGAGCGCACAUGGAUAAACUGGAGAGACCGGAUAGAGAGUGACUGAGCGCACAUGGAUAAACUGGAGAGACCGGAUAGAGAGUGACUGAGCGCACAUGGAUAAACUGGAGAGAGACCGGAUAGAGAGUGACUGAGCGCACAUGGAUAAACUGGAGAGACCGGAUAGAGAGUGACUGAGCGCACACGCACACACCGUUCUUUCGCUCUAGGGACCUAGACAAAGCUUCCACAGAAUAUGUUUUUAACAAGUCAAUUCCAGUCUAUAUUUUCUGAUAGUUGUUGAGAGAAGACUAAGGGUUGUUUUUUUUAUUUGUUUACGUUCUGUAGAUGUACAAAUGAUUGAAGACUUUGGGUGGACUGUUCUAUUGUGUGUGAAGUUAAACUCCUAACUGAUAUGAAGGUGAUCUCAUCUUGGGUGUUGCAUGAUGUUUGUUUAGUUUUCUUUCCUCUGAGGACAAAGAAAUUAGUUUGUUACAUAAUAGCCUUAUCAAUAGUAAGUCUGUUCUUCCAAGGAACAAACCCCAUGUUGAUGCGUGUGGGAAGGUUUUUUUUGGUUGUGAUUCCUCCUAUAAGUGUUGUCUAUUUGUGUUUUGCCGAGUCUGACACAACGCAACAUCUCUGGACCACACUGCCCUUCCAUCAAGACCCCCUUAAGAAAAAUAAAAUGAAUAUUAUUGUUGGGUUAAAUUCUUUGUGCCAAGGUGCAUUUCUGAUGCUGCAGCACUGUUUCUAAAAAUCCAAUAAAGUACUACUUGUAGUUGAGAUACUGUAUGCGUUGAUUUACCACAGUUGUUUUUACUGCAUAUCGGUAGGUUCAUCUGUUUUGGGUUUUGAAUACCACUGUACGACUAAAAUGAACUGUUUUAUGCACGAAGCAAAGGCCAUAUGCCUUUUCUAAGACAACCAGCUAUGCACCCUUAUGCGGAGUGCCUCUGAAAAUCAGGAACUGUAAUGAAAAUGAACAAUAAAACCUACCCAGAACUUGAA